GCUGCCAGUUACGCAUAUAGACAGUAAAAGACUACGGCUUUUCAUGUUUCUUUAACUGUCUUGAUAGGAUCGUACAGUUAUGGUCUUUCAAAGUAAAUUUCUUUGCUCUACCCUAUAAUAGCCAGAAACGUCAAAGUACUUUUUGCAAGAUGAUUGAAGAAACCGUGUACGAACCUGUCUAUGGUACGAACUAAUGCUUUCUCUAAAGUAGAAGGUUUUCUUCGUGCCGAGACAAAAUAAACGGAAGACUGACGUAAAUAAUCUACAACCAGCAUGCUGCACAACAACAGUUAAAGCAGAAGAUAUAGAGACCAUGGAGCCAGCGAGCCUGGAAAACUUGUGUGUUUUGUACCACAGUGCAAACUAUAUAGUUGUCAACAAACACUGGGACAUCCGUAUUGACAGCAAAAUGUGGUAUGAGAAGCAGACGGUCCAGAGUCAGCUAAAGCAUCGCUUCCCAGAGCUUGCAGAUCCUUACACCUACUACGGCUUCAGGUUUUGCCACCAGUUGGAUUUCUCUACCAGUGGUGCUUUGUGUGUGGCUCUGAACAAGGCAGCAGCAGGGCAUGCGUACCGCUGUUUUAAAGACAGACUUGUUACCAAAGCUUAUCUUGCACUGGUCCGUGGUGUUGUGGCUGAGGAGAAAAUGACCCUGGACUUUGCGAUUGGCAAGAACACAACAGAGGGCAAGACCCAUAUGAUGUGCAUUGAAGGAACAGAAGGUUGUGAGAAUCCCAAGCCCUGCCAAACAGAGCUCACCGUUUUAGAGUAUGGAGCAUAUGACGGAAAUCCAGUCACAAAAGUGCUUCUACAGCCUCUGACAGGACGGACGCACCAGCUCCGAGUGCACUGCAGUGCCAUUGGUCACCCCAUAGUGGGCGACUAUACCUACAGUCUACGCACAGACAAUGCUCCGUAUCGCAUGAUGCUGCACGCCUACUUCCUGGACAUUCCACUAGAGAAUGAACCCAUCCAUGUCAUAGCCCCAGAUCCCUCUGUACCCAGCCUUGACUCCAAAUGGGCACCACAAAGAUGUGUGAACAUUCUGGAGGAUUUACUGAAGAGUAUUUUAACAAAGCCACAAGCUGAGAUCCAAGAAGACCCAGAGCCCGUGCACAGGAGCAGCAGCUACCCAGUGGAGAGUGAGGAGCAACAGGCACAGUGUCAGCAGUGGUUAUGUGAAUGGAAUCUGGACUGAGGAACUGUUUUACCAGUAAACUGCUGAAGCUAUGCUGCAGGCUGCUUAUGGGGUACCCUCUUCUUUAAAAGGCCAACCCUCCUUAACAAC